AUGACAAUGAAUAAUAUAUUUUCCUCUAUUGCCACUUCCACCAACCAUCUCAAAGCCAAAUAUCACGAGCUCCAAGAAGCAGAACAGGCCAAGAUCCAACUCGACUGGAUAUCUGAACAUCGCCAGGAGACAAGACGGGCUAACAAUAUCAUCCAACGGGAAAUGUAUAGCGAAUGGCAGAACUCAUUGAGCGCAAGCCAUCGGGAUGCCUCGUCCAUCGAUAUGCAAAAAAUCUGCGGCACAAACCCAAACAGCUCUGGAAUAUCGAACAGAUCUACUGCCAACUUCGUGGCGGCUGCUGCGCUCGUGAGUGUGGUUGCUGUAGACGAUCUUGGCACACCAUUCGAGAGCCUUCUGGUAAAGUUCGAUAUAUGCACUGUACGGGAAGUUGUGGAUGUUGUACCCGCCACCGUGGUUACUCUUCUUCAAGUGCGGGCAGGAAGAAGUCCGGCAUGGAAGCUUAACGGUCGACAAGCCCCAAGGACUUCGAUUUGUGAACAGGGGAUCGCUCUCGCAUAA